UUUUGGGAGUGUUCUGACUGAAGCGGAGAUAUGAACUUGCCGGGGGUCCAAGUCCUGCUGGCUGGGAUUCUCUGUGGACUGGCUGGUCCGGCCGCCUGCUCGGAAGACGAGACCCGCCUGGUGAAGCACCUGUUCACGGGCUACAACAAGGUGGUCCGCCCCGUCAACCACUUCAGCGAGGCCGUGGUGGUCACGGUGGGACUGCAGUUGAUUCAGCUCAUCAGUGUGGAUGAAGUCAACCAGAUUGUGACCAGUAAUGUCCGCCUCAAACAGCAAUGGACUGACGUGAACCUGCACUGGAAUCCUGACGACUACGGCGGCAUCAGUAAGAUUCGAAUCCCGUCCAGAGACAUCUGGAAGCCUGACUUGGUGCUUUACAACAACGCUGACGGCGACUUUGCCAUCAUCCAUGAAACUAAAGUCCUGCUGGAGCACACUGGAAAGAUCACGUGGAACCCUCCCGCCAUCUUUAAGAGUUACUGCGAGAUCAUCGUCCUGCAUUUCCCCUUUGACCUGCAGAACUGCAGCAUGAAGCUGGGGACGUGGACCUACGACGGCCGGCUGGUCGUCAUCAACCCAGACAACGACCGCCCAGACUUGAGUAACUUCAUGGAGUCGGGUGAGUGGGUGCUGAAGGACUACAGGAGCUGGAAACAUUGGGUCUACUACACCUGCUGCCCAGAAACGCCCUACCUGGACAUCACCUACCACUUCCUGAUGCUGCGCCUGCCGCUCUACUUCAUCGUCAACGUCAUCAUCCCCUGCAUGCUCUUCUCCUUCCUCACCGGGCUGGUCUUUUACCUGCCGACAGACUCGGGUGAAAAGAUGACUCUGUCCAUCUCCGUCCUGCUCUCGCUGACCGUCUUCCUGCUGGUCAUCGUGGAGCUCAUCCCGUCCACGUCCAGCGCCGUGCCGCUCAUCGGGAAGUACAUGCUCUUCACCAUGGUGUUCGUCAUCGCCUCCAUCAUCAUCACCGUCAUCGUCAUCAACACGCACCACCGCUCGCCCAGCACGCACACCAUGCCCGCCUGGAUACGCAAGGUGUUCAUCGAGACCAUCCCCAACAUGAUGUUCUUCUCCACCAUGAAGUGUCCCAGCCAGGAGGUCCGCCAGAAGAGGUUGUUCCCCACAGACAUGGACAUCUCCGACAUCUCGGGUAACCCCGCCCCCACCAACGUCCCCUACCAGUCCCCCAUCGUCAAGAACCCCGACGUCCGCAGCGCCAUCGAAGGCAUCAAGUACAUCGCUGAGACCAUGAAGUCGGACGAGGAGUCCAACAAUGCGGCAGAGGAGUGGAAGUUUGUCGCCAUGGUUUUGGACCACAUCCUGCUUUGCGUCUUCAUGGCCGUGUGUCUCAUCGGGACGCUGGCCGUCUUCGCGGGCAGACUGAUGGAGCUCAACACGCUGUGA